UGUAUACCGUAUAGACGUCAACAAUCGUAUUAUUGAAUCAAGACGAUUAAAAUCGACAGGAUUAACUGUCAUUCAAGACUGACGGUUACUGAGUUCAGUUUCACGAUGAUAUAAUUCUCAAGAGGAGUAGACUGACAAUUACUUGAUCCAGUUUUAAGACGAUAUCAUAUUUAAGUGAUUAGAAGGAAAAAGAAAACAUUUUGAAGAGGAGGUGUCUCGGAUUAUUUUGUAAUGAAGAUUAUCUGGGUGUUAAGUUUAUUUGUGAUUGGUUUAGUGACGAAAGUAGUGAACGGCGCCGCGCCAUCUUGUGUGUCGGUCCAAAAUGCAGACAUUGACGUUUCCGCACCAGAAGACCAUGUCGUUCUGGAUUUGGGCUGCAGUGAUUCCGACCCUGGUGAUGUACUGACGUAUACGUUUCUUGAUGGGAACACAACGGAUCAGUAUAAAAUAGAGAAUGGGGUAGUUAAACUUGCCAAGAAUAUUACACCCCAGAUUGCUUACAAAUAUUUGCUUGAUAUCCGUGUAACCGACACGACGUCCUCUACAACUGACGUAUCAAUACUGAUCACUAUAUUAUACAGUAAUAAUUAUACACCUGUAGUUACCUGGCCAUCCUCACCUGUAACUAUCAGUGAAUCAACUCCCAUGGGUACACAUAUAGCCACCUGUACAGUAACUGAUGGUGAUUUAUCUACCAAUACUCUAGCAGGACAAACCAGGGUAGACUUCAAAUCACCAGAAAUAGCUGCAGCUAAUAAAUGGGUUUUAGACAGCCAUUCGUGUGAAUUAUACAUCAACCAGGUGUUGGAUUACAACACAAAGAGUAGCUAUACAUUAAAUAUGAUAGUUACAGAUUUAGAUCCCAGAUUACCGAGAACCGCGGCUACUUCCGUUACCAUCUUUAUUGUACCCGGAUUCGAUAACCCUCCGACUUGUACGGAUUAUUUGAAAGUCGUAGCAGCAACAACAAAUUCUCCACAAGGUAAAAUAUUAUCAACACUUGAUUGUCAAGAUGCUGAUGCUGGUCAAGGUCCUGCUGGUGAAAUAACAUAUAUAUUAGAUGAUACUAACGAUUUAUCGAUUACCAAUAUGUUCCAAGUCAACCCUUCAGACGGAUCGCUGAGCCUGAAAAGUCAGUUACCGGACACCAGACCUUUCUAUGAAGUGAUGAUAAAAGUUCAGGAUGGGGCAACUCCCAAUUUAUAUACACAUGUUUUAAUACGAGUUGUCGUUACUGACGUACCACAAGAUGGCGUACUGCCUCUCAGUCAAUAUAGCAUAAAUUACACCUUCCCAAAGUUCCUGAAACCAGCACCUGUUGACACAAGGCAGAUCGAUCCGCUGCCAACACCCACCACGGAAGGUCUGCCAUAUUGUUCGCGAUAUGCGGUUACAGCUAUGUUACCAGAAUCCACAGCAAUAGACGAGGCGGUUUAUGAUUUAGGCUGUAAGGACCCUGACGGAGAUAGGCUCAAUUAUAAAAUCAUAAAAGGAAAUGUGUUUCAGAAAUUUAAAAUAGAUCUAAAUGGACAGUUGAAGCUGGCUAAAACUGUAGAUGCAGAAAAACGACGAAAUUGGCAUUUACGAAUAACAGCAACGGACAGCAGUGUCAGUGGUUUUAUCUCGACCGUAACCGUAGCCGUACAGGUGACCAAUGAUAACGACAAUUCACCAAAAAUUACUAACCUUCCUCCAACAAUUGAAGUGAAUGAACUUGAAGUUGUUGGUGCAGUCAUCAACACGUGUAUAGUUACAGAUAAAGAUACAGUCGCUGAACUACAGGGACAGACACGAGUUGGUUGGCCAAAUUCAGAUGGUGUAUAUGAAACCUGGUUAGUAGACAGUGUAACAUGUAAGCUGUAUUUAGCUAAACCACUGGAUUUUGAGACGACUACUAGCUACGUAUUAACCCUGCUGGCCAGGGAUUUGGACCCUGCAGCACCACUAGCUACAUCGGCUAAUUUUACUAUUAAUGUAUUGGAUGGUAACGAUCCACCGAUAUGUCCGAUGUACCAAAGAUAUAUUAUGUUAGAAACCGAUGUUAUAGGAACGGAUAUGAUCGUGGUACAAUGUACGGAUAUUGACCUGCCCACUCCAAUUAUUAAUUAUAAAAUUGAUGAUAAUAACAAUGACUUAGUAAAAGCGAGUUUUAGUAUUGACGAAACCGCUGGUUUGUUACAAUUAAAAGCCAAGUUAAACUAUGAUGAAGCCGCCACACACCAAAUUAAAAUCAUAGCCUAUGAAAAGGAUGACCCGAGUGUCAGUUCUACAACAACAGUUGAAGUGUUUGUAAUUUCCAGUAGUAUCGUCAACCACCCUCCGGUCUGUAGAAGUUCGACUGUUUCACUUAAUGAAGUGUCACCUGUUGGUACAACUGUAGGUCGAUUAGCUUGUACGGACAGUGAUCCAGGAAUUAUUGGAGAAGUUUCCUAUCAGUUAGAUGAUACCAACAGUGAUUUAGUGAAAUCAAGUUUUAUGGUGACCAGUACAGGCGAAGUAAAACUCGUUUCUAGGUUAAACUAUGAACAAGAGGACUCUCAUCAAGUUAAAGUCAUAGCCUAUGAUGCAGGAAUACCCAGUCUCAAGUUUACAGCACUCAUCUCUGUUAAUGUCGAGUCUGGUACAAACAAGAACCAUGCUCCGGUCUGUCCGUUUAAAACAGUAAAGUUAGCUAUAGAAUCAACUGCUGGAGCACAUGUUGGUGUUAUAGAAUGUACUGAUCCAGAUCAGGGUGCUGAAGGAGUUGUUUAUUUCUGGAUAGACCGAACCAUGGACCGUGAGGUCAGACGAAAAUUUCAAGUUAACUUCAAUACUGGCGAAAUAACAUUAAAAGCUAACAUUGAUGAUUUAACAGAGGAGCAAUACGAUGUAAAAGUAAUAGCCUAUGAUGGUGGAAUACCGGCUUCCAUUGUACCGGCCACUCUACAAGUCAUCAUAGUCAAACCAAAGCCUAAUGUCGCUAUGAUUGUUCGUCCUCAUUUAGCCCCAUUCUUUAUUUCAUGUGUGUUAUAUUAUUUAUUACAUUAGAAUUUGAUCAAAACAGAAAUUUACGAAUAUUUAAUUCGAGCUUUAUAUUUUUUUAAACGUUACUGUUAUGUGCAUUGAUUCGCUUUACAUUAAUUUUUGGUUUGUCAUUUUAGCCUAUAUUCACCAACAUAAUCUCAAGGUAUUACAUCCCGAAUACGUUGAUCAGAACCUUAUAUUGUGGACAAAGGGGACCAGGCCCACCCAGUCAUGGCCGCCAUUUUGUUCAGAUCACACAACAAAUCUAAAAUCACAUAUAAAAUCACGUGUGUCGGCGAAAACGAACGAAAUAAUAGCUCUGUAUAAGAUAUUAACAAUCUAUAAUUUUAGCCAAUGAAGCGGUCUGUUACGGCGAGUUCUUGGCGUGCGAUGCACGGAACUGUGGGUAAACCACUAGAAACUUCAACGCUGAUUGGUUAAUCAAAUUCUGACGUCAUAGGUCAAAAGCCGCUCGUAUGACCUCUGACGCGACCCCCACUACAAACGGUCAGAUCUUCAUGUAGUGUAGGCCAUCGAAAGUAUAAAAAUAACGAAAUGAAAUGUAGAUCUGUGUUUUAAUCAGAUUGUAUACAGAUCCAAAUUGUGUUAAUGUGUUUUAUUUGGUUUAUGUUUGUAAAGUUACGUUAAUUAAUGUUAUUAUGUAACAAAAGUUACCCGAAUACAAUUUGUUGACCUGAAGAAGCCUCGUCUAGAGCAAAACAUCUUUUACUUCUGGACAAACCAAUUGUUACUGGUACCUAGGUCCAAAGAUGGCUCUUGUUCCCACCCCUCUCCCUCAUCGUGAUCGCAUUAGACUAAAUUACACUGGGUCAAGGUCGUUGUUUUAUUAGCAGUAUUUUAAUUCAGUAAUUUGGAUUGAUAACCGCUCUCUCUCUCUCUGAUUUGUAAUUACAUGAAUAUAUAAAGAUAAUAUGGAGACAAUUUUACUUCGAGGCUCGUCAACAUGUAUACAGUAUGCCGCUUCCUAUUUUAAUCUUCUAAAAUAUUAGAACUGUGGGAAGUUCAUGUUUGACCUUGCCUUUAUCAUAAAGAUCUGUGGUUCCAAUGACAUUUAUUCAACUCUCUAGAUCAAUCGGAUGGCAGGGAUUUAAAUGGAUUAGAACGCCCGCUAGAUUGAAAUAUAUAACGAUAUAAUGGAUAACCGUGACUUGGACUUGCUUGUCCAGUACUGUUGCUACGAUAAUAAACAAUUAACGCUACUUCUUCCAACAGUCAUAUCUUCGCCCAAAAUUGUUUCUUUUUAAACUAUUAAAACCAGAGAGAGAAAUGGGGUUUAACGUCCACUCGACACAAACUAGGUCAUUUCGGGACUAACACAUGGUUCAAUUUCAUUUCAAAAAUUCGCUUCCGCGCAGGGGUAUUUAGCAGUGGGAGGAAACCGGAGAACCCGGAGAAAACCCACGAGGUUGGACAGACGACCCUAUUCCUUGUCACGUACAACCAUGGAAUCGAAACCAUGCCAGUUGACUCAUUGACAGACCUUAUGAUAACCAGAGAGACCAGCUUUAUAUUUAAGUCUUCCAUAAUACAUCUUUAAUUGAUGUUUUUUUUUUCAAGCUUAGCUUUUUUAAAUUUAUAUUUCUGUGUAAAUCUUUUUUUUUAUGGUCACUAAUUAUUUAGUUUACUAAAUUGCCAAAAAAGCUAUGUAGGAUAAAUGACCAGUAUGUUUUUUUUUAUUUUUAUCAACACAAUGUUAACCCCAUGGAAAACAGAGGAGUGCAGCGUAUAUGACUUGAUCGUGAUACAUUCUACAGUAGAUAAAUUUCAUAAUCUACUGCGAUAUCGCUUACAUGAAUUUGAUUGGUCAGUUGAAAAGGAACUACUUUUCUAUUUCUUAUUAAAAGUAACUGGGGUUUUUUUUUAUUAAAAAUGAACUAUUUUUAUUUAAUUGAUCUUGAUGGAAACACUGGGUCAAUAUAAAGGACUACUAUGUAUCACUACGCCGUAAUGUAAUCAGGUUCAGUAAAAGUGAAAUCUACAGCAAAGAAUUAUAUUUAUUUAUUUGUGCAUGUAAGAAAGGAUUGGGUGAUAAAUAAAAUCUCCUACUCGUCUUUUUUGAUAUCAAAAAAUAUCAACACAAGUCGAUAGAGUAAAAACAACUCGGCUCCGAUUUGUUUUUACUUUAUCGACUUGUGUUGAUAUUUUUUGAUAUCAAAAAAGAAAUGUAGGAGAUUUUCUAUUUAUCUUCAACACUGAUACACAGAAACGAUAGAAACCAUUUUGUUGGACAAAAGUUGAUCAUGUUUUAAUGAAUCUGUUGUUUUUAUUUUGUAUGAAAAAUGAAAUUAAACUAAAAAAUAUUUUAUAA